CCAAUUUCCACACACACCGCCCCCCGCCCCCCCCCCCUCGCUACUUCGCCUGCCGCGGUCGGGUCCGCGGCCUGCGCUGUAGCCGUCGCGGUUCUUUGGAAGCAGCAACUCCCCUCCCCCACCCCGGUCCCGGUCCCGGUCCCCGCCCAGCCGCUGACGUGAAGAUGAGCAGCUCAGAGGAGGUGUCUUGGAUAUCCUGGUUCUGUGGGCUCCGUGGCAAUGAAUUCUUUUGUGAAGUGGAUGAAGACUACAUCCAGGAUAAAUUCAAUCUCACUGGACUCAAUGAGCAGGUGCCUCACUAUCGACAAGCUCUAGACAUGAUCUUGGACCUGGAGCCUGAUGAAGAGCUGGAAGACAACCCCAACCAGAGCGACCUGAUUGAGCAGGCAGCCGAGAUGCUUUAUGGAUUGAUCCACGCCCGCUAUAUCCUCACCAACCGUGGCAUCGCCCAGAUGUUGGAAAAGUACCAGCAGGGAGACUUUGGCUACUGUCCCCGUGUGUACUGUGAGAACCAGCCAAUGCUUCCCAUCGGCCUUUCGGACAUCCCAGGUGAGGCCAUGGUGAAGCUCUACUGCCCCAAGUGCAUGGACGUGUACACACCCAAGUCAUCGAGGCACCAUCACACGGAUGGCGCCUACUUCGGCACCGGUUUCCCUCACAUGCUCUUCAUGGUGCACCCCGAGUACCGGCCCAAGCGGCCCGCGAACCAGUUUGUGCCCAGGCUCUACGGUUUCAAGAUCCAUCCAAUGGCCUACCAGCUGCAGCUCCAAGCCGCCAGCAACUUCAAGAGCCCAGUCAAGACGAUUCGCUGAUUCCCCACCCUACCUGUCCCUCAGUCUUUGACAUCUCCGAUCCUUUGCUGCCACCCUUUCAGGAACCCUCUAUGGUUUUUAGUUUAAAUUAAAGGAGUCAUUAUUGUGGUGGGAAUAUGAAAUAAAGUGGAAGAAAAGG